CUGGGCCUCACCCCCGGUCCGCGGCCUCUCCCGGACCCGGGGCUGGGGUCCGGCCCGGGCCGCGGCUCCGAUCCCCGUGCCGAGGAUUCCCCACCAGCCCCGGAAUUCCCCCGCGGCGCCUGCCAGGAAAAGGAAGAGCUGGGGAAUUUCCCUGGAAAUGAGGAAUUUCCCUGGAAUUCUCUCCUUGAACCCCAGUCUCGGGCAGAUGUUUCCCGCUGGGCUCUGGCUCUAGGAUGUUGGAGAACCAGGAGGAAGUGAGGAGCAGUCCUGGCUUAUCCCUGAUCCCGGAACCUUGGAAUUCUUGGGAAUUCCAUCUCUGUGGAGAAUUCCUGGGGGAACGUGGGGCCGAGUCUGGGGGCAGCUGGGAGUGGGAAUGGCAACGUCUGGAAAACUGGGAAUGGGAAUGGGAAUGUCUGGAAAACUGGGAAUGGGAAUGUCUGGGAAACUGGGAAUGGGAAUGUCUGGAAAACUGGGAGUGGGAAUGUCUGGAAAACUGGGAAUGGGAACGUCUGGAAAACUGGGAAUGGGAAAGGGAACGUCUGGAAAACUGGGAAUGGGAACGUCUGGAAAACUGGGAAUGGGAAUGUCUGGAAAACUGGGAAUGGGAACGUCUGGAAAACUGGGAAUGGGAACGUCUGGAAAACUGGGAGUGGGAAUGUCUGGAAAACUGGGAAUGGGAAUGUCUGGAAAACUGGGAAUGGGAAUGGGAAUGUCUGGAAAACUGGGAAUGGGAAUGGGAAUGUCUGGAAGUUUCUGUGCCAUCCCCGGGAAGCUGGAGAAGCAGGAAUGGGGUGGAUCCCGGUUUUCUGAGCCCCUGAUCCCAUUUCUGGGAAGCUGGGAAAGCAGGAAUGGGGUGGAUCCCUGUUCCCAGAGCCCCAUAUCCCAUCCCAGGGAAGCAGGCCCAGGUGGAUCCCUGAUCCCAUCCCAGGGAAGCAGGAAUGGGGUGGAUCCCCGAUCCCAUCCCAGGGAAGCAGGAAUGGGGUGGAUCCCUGAUCCCAUCCCAGGGAACCCCAGGGAAGCAGGAAUGGAGUGGAUCCCCGAUCCCAUCCCAGGGAGUCCCAGGGAAGCAGGAAUGGGGUGGAUCCCUGACCCGGUGCCGGUUCCCCGCAGGAGCUGACCACGGUGCGGGUGCAGGAUCCGCGGGUGCAGAACGAGGGCUCCUGGAAUUCCUACGUGGAUUACAAGAUCUUCCUACCAACAGCAAGGCCUUCACCGCCAAGACCUCCUGCGUGCGGCGCCGCUACCGCGAGUUCGUGUGGCUGCGGCGGCAGCUCCAGCGGAACGCCGGCCUCGUGCCGGUGCCGGAGCUGCCGGGGAAGUCGGCGUUCUUCGUGGGGAGCACGGAUGAGUUCAUCGAGAGGCGCCGGCAGGGCCUGCAGCACUUCCUGGAGAGGGUGGUGCAGAGCGCCGUGCUGCUCUCCGACAGCCGCCUGCACCUGUUCCUGCAGAGCCAGCUGCCCGUGCCCGCCAUCGAGGCCUGCGUGCAGGGCCGGGGCCCGCACUCGGUCACCGAGGCCAUCCUGCACUACGCCAUGGCCGGCUGCGCCUGGGGACAGCGCGGGGACAGCGCGGGGCAGGGACCCGCCAGCUGUGCCAGCCUGGGCAGUGCCCAGGGCUGCCUGGAGAGCUUCCCCUACUGGAGUGACUUUGGCAUGGACGAGGCACGGCCGGAGAGCCCGGAGCGUCCGGCCGGACACGGAGUGACCCCUCUGGAGAGCCCGGAAUUCCCGGCUGGACACGGAGUGACCCCUCUGGAGAGCCCGGAAUUCCCAGCUGGACACGGAGUGACCCCUCUGGAGAGCCCGGAAUUCCCGGCCGGACACGGAGUGACCCCUCUGGAGAGCCCGGAAUUCCCAGCUGGACACGGAGUGACCCCUCUGGAGAGCCCGGAAUUCCCAGCUGGACACGGAGUGACCCCUCUGGAGAGCCCGGAAUUCCCAGCUGGACACGGAGUGACCCCUCUGGAGAGCCCGGAAUUCCCAGCUGGACACGGAGUGACCCCUCUGGAGAGCCCGGAAUUCCCGGCUGGACACGGAGUGACCCCUCUGGAGAGCCCGGAAUUCCCAGCUGGACACUGAGUGACCCCUCUGGAGAGCCCGGAAUUCCCAGCUGGACACUGAGUGACCCCUCUGCCCCCCCAGGCCCCACAGCCCUCGCUGGGAGAGGGAUCAGCACGGAGGCACUGGGAGCACUGGGAGCACUGGGAAUGCCGCCCCAGCCGUGGCCGAGCUCUUCCGCAGCACAUUCCCGAAAUUCCCUGAUAUUCCCAGCAGUGUUUUCCUCACUCUGCUCCUGCUCAGAUCCCUCUGGAAUUCCCAGACUGGGCUCGGAUCCCUCUGGAAUUCCCAGACUGGGCUCAGAUCCCGGACUGGGCUCAGAUCCCUCUGGAAUUCCCGGACUGGUACCUCGGGAGCCGAGCUUCCCACCGGGAGCAGGGAGGGACGGGGCUGGAAUUUGUGUCCCGUUCCCUCGGGGGCUGUUCCAGGGAUUUUUGGGAAGCAGGAGCAGCCCGGGGGGUGUUGGUGUCCUCCCCCUCCCUCAGCACUUGGUGUGGGCAGGAAAUAAAAAUUAAAAAAAAUUAAAAUAAAGGGAUAAAAUUCA